CUCAGACCGAAGGCAUCCACUGCAACUUUCCACCAUUCAUCCCAAGAUAUGGUGUGCCCAAACUGUCGCUCGUUUACAAGAGGGCCGUACCCACAGAGCGAUCUUCGGGCCUCGUACUCCUGGAAGCAUCUGCUCAAGUCAGCGAAACACUGCGAGUGCUGCGACAUCCUCAUUGAAGGCUGUCGAGGCCUGCUCGGGGACCUCCACAAGCGCGAGAGCGAUGUAAAAAGUUGCGACAUCUGGCUUGCAUACGAGCCAAACCACAUGUCCAACGAGCGCGAUUGCCAGAAGUUGAUUACACUGAACUUUGCAACGGGCUCAUUAAGUAUUGAAUACACGGCUUUACAAGACGAGCAUGGCGAAGCUAGUAUUCCCAGCAAUUGGCACGAUAUGCCAACCGGCCGUCGCGCAGCUAAUAGCACAGCAUCAAACGAAGCAUUCGAGUGUGUCCAAAAUUGGAUACGCGAGUGUUCCACCGAGCAUGAGUUCUGCGACGGCAUCAAAGAUCGACCUCUACCCACAAGGAUGGUGGACGUAGGUCUCCACGGCGGUGUCGUAAGAGUCGUUGAAACAGAUGGCCAAACGGGGGAGUACGUCGCGCUCUCUCACUGUUGGGGAAAGGCGCAGAUUAUCACAACAACAAAGGCAACGCUUUCGCGACGCAAAGAGCAGGUUGAAUUCGAAGAAUGCUCGGAAACCUUCUACCAAGCGAUUCAGCUCACCAAACGAUUGGGCAUAAGCAAAAUCUGGAUCGACAGUCUCUGCAUCGUUCAAGAUGACGAAGAGGACUGGGCGCGAGAAGCUUCGAAAAUGGCCGCAUUCUACCAGAAUGCUUCUCUCACGAUUGCUGCGACAAGCUCUGACUCUGGUAACGGUGGGCUGUAUCGAACGCAUCCUGACUUCAUAGUCUCAGGGCUCACCUUGAACGGCGAGCCGUACCAGCUCAUCUUCAGGGAGCGCAUAGAUCAUGAGAUGAUGGACGCACAGCAGUCCCACCUUUCGAAGAAGUUCCCACUUCUAACGCGUGCGUGGGUGCUGCAAGAGAGGAUCCUUUCGUCGAGGGUUGUACACUUCGGCCCCCACGAAUUGUUUUUCGAAUGCAAGACCACCUCCGAGUGCGAAUGCGGCGAAAUCGAGGGGUUCGAAAUACCUAUCGCAAUGCCAAAGUUGAUGUUCGCAGAGGCUCAGAACAGCAAUAAUCCAUGGUACAUAGCCAGGGCGUGGCGAGCUAUGGUCGGACUUUAUACAGGCCUCUCGUUAUCGUAUACGAGCGACAUACUCCCCGCAUUCGGCGGCCUAGCACGCCAGAUGUCCACGGUUCGGUCUGGUAGAUAUAUCGCCGGGCUAUGGACAGAUUCCAUGGUUGACGACCUGUUAUGGAUGGGGUCAGCCGCAAAAGUUCGACCCGCUUGGAGGGCACCGUACUGGUCGUGGGCGAGCGUUGUAGCGCCCAUCUACUACAGCGACGGCCCCAUAUUCUGGAAUCCCGACGAAGCUGAGGAAGAGAGACCGUCCUUCGAACACAUAGCGGAGAUACUAGGUUGCAGCGCAAAGCCAAAGUUUCAAGACGGGUUUGGUGAGGUCGUAUCGGGGGAACUACGCCUUCGGAGCCGGUGGGCGAAAGCAACACUUCAGUAUUGGGGUCCGAACGACACCGGCGUCAGCCUUGCUGCCGAGACCCGGCCGAAAGAGCGAAGCAUGAUAUACGCCGUUCAGUUCUCCGAGACAUACGCUUGCCAGAUAGUCCCGGAUUACGCUAUCGAGAAAUCGUCGAACGAUUUUGUUCCUAACAGCACGGAAGUAUUCUGCAUACCGAUGAGCAUCCAAUCGGUUAAUCUCACACAACAGUCUCCUCGGAAGCUAUACGUGCUCGUGCUAGUACAGACAGACUCUGAUGAAGAGACGUACGAGCGGAUUGCUCUUCUUGUGGUUGAUGAAAGACGGGGUCUUAGUAUUACCGGCACGUUGGAACACUUUUCAAAGGAGGUCAAGUAUUUCACCUUGGUAUAGAACCUUUUUAUGUAUCAUGCGUUAUAAUGGACGAACGGUUAGGGUAAGAGUUGGUUCAUUGCGGUUCAACACUUUGCCAAUCCUUUAGCAUUCACAGGUCGUCGUGAAAGACUGACGCCGACCGCAGCCGAUAAAUGCGCACCAUUGGUCCAGUAUCUUUUUAGCAACACUGCAG